CGUCACGUCGAGAAGAGAACGAGGAAGUAAAAAAAAUAGGAAAGUGAAGUGGUGUGUGAGCCCGACUGUCAUUCGAACACUGAUACUCCACGGCUACUUUAUCCGCUGAACACCAUGGCUGAAGCAGACAUUGCACUGAUUGGUUUGGCUGUCAUGGGCCAAAACCUCAUCAUGAACAUGAACGACCAUGGCUUCGUGGUCUGUGCUUACAACCGGACCGUGUCCAAGGUGCAUGACUUCCUGAAGAAUGAGGCGAAGGGCUCCAAGGUGAUUGGCGCAGAGUCUCUGGAGGACAUGGUGUCCAAGCUGAAGAAGCCCAGGAGGAUCAUCCUGCUGGUCAAGGCUGGACAGGCUGUGGAUGACUUCAUCGACAAACUGGUUCCUCUUCUUGAGGCUGGGGAUAUCAUCAUCGACGGUGGCAACUCUGAAUACAGAGACACAACACGGCGGUGUAAGAGUCUGAAAGAGAAGGGCUUGCUGUUUGUCGGCAGUGGAGUCAGUGGUGGAGAGGAAGGGGCCCGUUAUGGACCCUCACUCAUGCCGGGAGGACAUAAAGAGGCCUGGCCACACAUUAAAGACAUCUUCCAAAGCAUCGCUGCCAAGGUUGGAACAGGAGAACCUUGUUGUGACUGGGUUGGAGAUGAAGGUGCAGGUCAUUUUGUGAAAAUGGUCCAUAAUGGCAUUGAGUAUGGCGACAUGCAGCUGAUUUGUGAAGCCUAUCACCUGAUGAAGGAUGUUCUGGGUAUGGACCACGAUGAGAUGGCACAGGUUUUCGACAACUGGAACAAGACAGAGUUAGAUUCCUUCCUGAUCGAGAUCACGGCAAACAUCUUUAAAUACAGGGACUCUGAUGGUACACAUCUGUUGCCCAAGAUCCGUGACAGUGCUGGACAGAAAGGCACAGGGAAGUGGACGGCCAUUUCAGCCCUGGAGUACGGCACACCUGUGACUCUGAUCGGGGAGGCUGUCUUUGCCAGAUGCCUGUCCUCUCUAAAGGAUGAGAGAGUGGAGGCCAGCCGCAGCCUUUCAGGGCCACAGGGGGUCAAAUUCAGCGGUGACAAGGCUGCCUUCCUGGAGGACAUCAGAAAGGCCCUCUACGCCUCCAAGAUCAUUUCCUACGCGCAGGGCUUCAUGCUUCUGCGGCAGGCAGCCAAAGAGUUCGGCUGGUCACUCAACUACGGCGGGAUCGCUCUGAUGUGGAGAGGAGGCUGCAUCAUCCGAAGCGUCUUCCUGGGUAAAAUCAAAGAGGCGUUUGACAGAGACGCUGAGCUGCAGAACCUGCUGCUGGACCCAUUCUUUAGUAAUGCUGUGCAGGACUGUCAGGAGUCAUGGCGCAGAGCAGUCAGCACUGGAAUCCAGCAUGGCAUCCCGAUGCCUUGUUUCACCACAGCUCUGUCCUUCUAUGAUGGUUACAGACAUGAAAAGCUGCCAGCCAAUCUCCUUCAGGCUCAGAGGGACUACUUUGGAGCCCACACAUAUGAGCUGCUGUCCAACCCUGGUCAAUUCGUCCACACCAACUGGACCGGCCACGGUGGAAAUGUCUCCUCUUCGUCCUACAAUGCUUAAGGAUCAUCUUCACAUCACUCAAAAAACAAAAACAAGAUUGAAGGACAAGGGGAAGUUAUCUGUGAGAGAAGAAUACAUGUCACACAUUCCAUCUUUAUAACCAUGCCUGAAUAUUUAAGAGCCAGCCCCCCACCAUCCCCCAACC